AUGGUGUUCCUACGAUUGUCGGUCAAAGUAUUCCCGCGGGAUCAGCUGGCCUCCAACUCAAGCUCGAGCUGGGGACGGUCUCUACCCUUCACGCGGAAGUCUGUGAAUGAUGACUCGAGCCAGGCAUCUGCGGCGUCCGCUACAUCAAAGAAACCCGGUAUCUUUCUCCUUGUACUUGAAAAGCCAGAGGAUGUAACGCUAGGUGGACUUGCGGGAAUGAUCCAGGAUCACUGGGCCAAGCUACACCCUGACCUGGAACCCCUUACGAUUAAGAAAAUCUUGGACGAUACGAAAGAAGACCUCGACCUUUACCCCGAUUUGACUGUCGCCGAUGUUUGGGUUGACUAUGGAAAAGCCCGCGCCGAUGGUCUUGACCAGCGUGGUACUGUCCGUGUUGUUCAGAAACCUGCUGCGGCUGCAGCGCCAGAACGCUUCCCCUCUGUUGAUCAGGACUGGGAUGCUGCGAUUGUCGCAUAUGAACGGCAGCGCGAUUCGAAGAUUAAGAAGGACGUUAUUAAGCGGCGGUUCUCUCCUAUCCAAGAGGAAGAUGAGUCACAAAGCAUUCAUUCCGUACCGAGCCACCGAUCGUCUCAGACCCCAUGGUCCGUAUCGCCUGGUCACUCCGGACACGAUACACAGAAUCAACACCACAUUCAUAAUGGUAUCUCUGAAGAACAGCGCCGUCGUCGCGAUGUGCCUCUUUCUUCUGUUGAAGUCCACAGUCCUACCGCUCAACAUGAAUCGGCGGCAGUUAAUGGGCCUACGAUUGCUGGCACGCCUCCUCCUAGACGGGACGAGAGUGAAGAGCUCGGCGAGUCGCCUUCUCCAGCUGAACGACGACGUUCUAGCACGAGAGCUAGGUCUACACCUGCUUCCGCAACUGCCACUUCUCCAAAAUCGAAUGGUCGACUGGGGAAGAUUGCGAGACCGCGUGUGCCAGCUACACGAACGAUUACCAAGAUUCCCGACGAUGCUGAACCUGCUGAGUCGUCUCAGCAAUCAGCUGAAGCCCCUGCAGUUCCUGAGCAAAAGGACAAAGAACAGAUCGAGGAGAGCAGCAAUGAGGCAAGCGAGUCUGAGAGCGCAGAGGACAACAAUGUAACUCCACCACCCAAGCCAUCCGUGAAGCGCACAUCUGUUGGACCUCAGCCAGAAAGCCGUCUCUCGGCUCUUGCCAAGAGCAUAUCGAAAUCACCGCAGCAGAAGCCCUCUGAUCAGGCAAUUCCUAUUUCGAGCGCAGAAGAAAGUGAGGAUAGCGAUGACGACAGUGACGACAGUGACGAGGAAAGCGACAAGGAAUCGGAUAAGAACGAAACUGCGAAAAGCCCAGCGAAACCGGUUGGAGUUGAGAAUCCCGAAGACAAACCAGCACAAAACGAGAACGAUGAUCUCUCCGAGGAAUCCUCAUCUUCAUCUUCGUCUUCAUCUGAUUCUUCUUCUUCCGAGUCUGGAGAUAACGAAGAAUACGCCGCAGAGGAUACAAUCGCCGAAAUCCAGCUGACUGCUAAUCGGACUCAGGAGGCUGAUAAAGAUGGAGAUGUGCAAAUGGAAGGCUCUCAGACCACUGUUUCCCCUCAGGCAUCUCAGAUGAACGGUGCUUCGGGCGAGACUCGGUCUCGGAAGCGCAAGCAGAGUCCAGAUGGACCUGUGUCGGUCAAGGAAACUCGUAUCAACCAGGCCCAUCCAUCAACUCGCCAGCAGACUAAAUUCAGGUCCCCUUCAGUUGUAAUUUCUUCACAGCAUACAGAGGACCAGUCCAAGUCGAAGUCACCAAUUGGCUCGGCUGAGAUCCCGCUACCACCUCAGUUAGUGAGCCCACGCCGGAGACAUGAGCGUGUCCCUUCAUUCUCUAGCCCUGCCCGUCGCCGUGCCAGUAUUUCGAAGGACAGAGAGCAGUCACCAAACCCUACGAAAGGACUGGGAUUGGGUAUCACUGCGAGCCCCCCAAACGGCUUUGAUAACGGCUUUGGUGGGCCUCUGUUGCCCAGCAGCGUACCUACCGCGGCUGAUUCAGUCGAUAUGACCCCCGGCGCUAGGCAAACCCCUGCGCUCGACAGGACCAAGAAGUUGCACUCCGCGAUCCGCGGGAAAGAUUCCCCCUCAGAACGGGGUGAGAGACGAUCGGUCUCCUUCCAAGAGGGUGACAACAUCUUCUUGACUUCCGACCCCGCUCUACCUACAACCUCAACUCCUCGCGCUACGACUAUGAAGUCCCAGCCAGCAAGACCGCCAACUGCCGCUAACAAGAUUAUUGGUUCGGGUACGCAGUCAGGCUUGGAUCCUCGUGGUACGCCCAAGGACAAGGAAGCUCAAAAGACACCGACUUCUGCCGAACCUCCCAAGCAAACUGCCAAUGGAACCAGGAGCAAUGCCACCAAGGCUGCCUCUAAGGGCAAAGCCGCUCAGAAGACCCCGGCAUCGAAGUCUAGCCAGGGAACUCCAUCCAGCAGUCAGAGCCACACCGUCUAUCCACCAGGGUUCUCUGCCGAAAGCAUCAGCAAAAUGAGUGCGCAAAUCGAGCAGGAUACGCAAGAGAAACACGAACUGGAAGAACGACUCAAAGCAUCAAAUGCCGAUCCUCAAAUAUUGAUUCUAGCGACGGAGAUGCUGGGGCUCAUCAAUAACCUUGAGACCAAGAAGCGCCAGGGAACCAAGAGGAUGGAGUCCUGGCGCACAAAGCUUGACCAAAUGCGGGAACAACUCAAAACUUGCGAAGAGAAGAAAAGGCAGCAAGACGAGAACCCCAAGCAAUCAGUUGCACGCACACCCCGUCCUACCCUAAAGGGUCUUCUCAGCAGCCAGAGACAAGAAAUGGCUGCUAAAACCGCCAAAUCUCGUCCUGAGCCAAAGCCCGCUCCACCACCUCGUGGUGAUGUGUAUGAUGUACCCAGCUCCAGUGAGUCUGAGAGUUCGGACAGUGAUUCUGAUUCCGACAGUGACGAGUCCGAGAGUGACCAAGGCGAUAUCUUACCCGAUGGGUCCCAUGAAAAGCUGCGCAAGCCCUGGUCUCAGCGCAAUAAGUGA